UUCACCCCAGUGCUGUAUCAGGAAAUGGACUGGGACCAGUUUGACUUGAACCCUAAAGUGAUUGCUGCCCUUAAGAAAGCUGACAUAAAAUCAGUAAAAGAGAUUUUCAAUCUCUCUGGAGCAGACUUGCAAAGACUGAUGAAACUAUCUAGUGCAGAUAUACAGUGCUUGCUGAAAACAGUCUCUUACACGCUGAGGAGAAACAGUAUGCUUACAGCACUUCAGCUCUUCCAAGAUAAAGAUCAUCUCACCUCUCAACACCAGAAGCUAAGCCUAGGAUGUUCAGUACUGGAUUCUUUGUUAAAAGGUGGCAUUCCUUUAGUUGGAAUCACAGAACUUGCUGGGGAAAGUUCUGCUGGGAAGACUCAGAUUAGUUUACAACUGUGCCUCUGUGUGCAGUAUCCUUAUAAAUAUGGUGGAUUGGAGUCUGGAGCUGUCUACAUUUGUACAGAAGAUGCAUUCCCAAGUAAACGUUUGCAACAACUCAUAGAUCAGCAAUGUAAACUGCGUGCAGAUGUUCCAGCUGAAAUCAUACAGAAGAUCAGAUUUGGAAACAGUAUUUUUGUCGAGCAUGCAGCAGACCUGGAUGCCUUUCAUAACUGCAUCACCAAAAGGAUCUCCCCGCUGCUCACAAGAGGCAUGGUGCGGUUGGUAGUCAUAGACUCGAUUGCUGCUUUGUUUCGAUGCGAGUUUGGAGUUUCAGAUUCCGUUACGAAGGCUCGGUAUCUGCAGACGUUUGGAGCACAGCUUCACAGUUUAAGCACUAAAUUCAGGACUCCAAUAAUGUGCAUUAAUCAGGUGACAGAUGCAGUGAGCGAGUCAGAAGCUGCUCGGUGUGGUUGCAGUGUAGUGGAUAACAGAGUGGUUCCAGCACUUGGAAUAACCUGGGCAAAUCAACUGCUCAUGAGACUGAUGGUCAGCCGAGUGUUGCAGCCUGAACAAUCAUCUGAAACUGCUUCUCACCACACUGGAAGUGUGAGGACUUUAAGAAUAGUUUUUGCUCCCCAUCUCCCUCCAUCCUUUUGCUACUACACAGUAGAAUUGGAAGGUGUAAAAGGAGUAAGAUAAAUCCGUUGCAUAUGAAAGCAUCUUUGUCCAAAAGAAAUGUACCAAAACUACUUUGCUUCAGUAAAAGCAAAUUCUUCUGAGAGCACAGAAACAGACACUGAAAUAUGUAAGUGGUGAUAUGACUGCAUUAAGCCUUAUCUACAUUGUGAAAGAUCUUUUUAUACCUGUAUGUGUGGUCAUCAGCUUUCCCUCACAAGGGAAGUCUGAAGGAGAAUAAAGUUGGGGGCAGGUGGAGGCUGCACAACAAAGUGUGAUGUGGCAAUCCCCACAUUAAGCGAGACUUGAUUUCUGUUUCAGAGCAUGCUACUCAGAAACAUAAUUUAUUGCACUUGGGUACUUCUCUGUUUCCAGACCCAAAGGGACUCGAGGUGAACUAGUUAAUAUUGCCUGCUGGUGUUUCUAGCCCUUAUGCUGCUGUUACCUAUAGGCAUUCUUCUAUGUGUAGGGCCUCAGAAGUAGCACAAAGCUGCUAUCUUAUUUUAAACCCACUUGUUAGUAAUAUCAGGUCACCAUCCCUGGAAGUGUUUAAAAAAAGACUGGAUGAGGCACUUAGUGCCAUGGUCUAGUUGAUGAGAUAGGGCUGGGUGCUAGGUUGGACUGGAUGAUCUUGGAGGUCUUUUCCAACCUGGCUGAUUCUGUAACCAAAAAAACCAGAACAAUGCCUAACAUCUUACUGUAAGAAAUAAAACUGUACUAGUUUUGUACUAGAUGGACAUCUAAGUUCAUAGAACUUCUACAGGACUUUUUGGAAGUGGUUCUUUUCCACACUUUCUGUGUUCCAUUUCCUUCCAUGCACAGUACUAAAAAAACCCUGCACCUCCCCCCAUCUCCUUGUCUGCUUGCCCAUGGCUGACGCUCUGUAACCAGGUGGUUUCAGAGCAAUUACUCUGUUAAUACGCUUUGUAACACUGCACAGCUCUGUAUCCUGUUGGAGUUGGAUAGCAUUCUUCAUCAGCUUCUGGAGCACUCUGUUGUAGCUCCUGGCCUUACCCUAGGCUCUUUGCUAAGCUAUGCUUCUGAAGGGGAUCUUUAGCUGCUUUCAUCCAUCCAUGAAUCUUCCUCUUCUCAGGGUUGUUGUUAGAGCUAUGCAUUUUUUCCCCUUUGCACUAUUUGUCACAUCUUUUUCUGUUGUGCUCAGAUCAUUGCUAUGCUACCUGCUUUUUCUAGUCGUUGCUGCAGUCAGUGAGACAGCUGGAUGAAGUUACACUUCUAGAGACCUGAUUUGGCCUUUGCUAUGUGGUACAUGCUCUUACCAGUGUUUCAUGCUCAGCUAUAUCACACACUUGUUAAGCUUCACGUUUUCCUCCUUCUUGCUUUCACAAGCUACCCAAAGAAGAAGUCUGCCAGGGUGUUAGGUUUCUCUGUGUAGUUUCACACUGCUCAGGUCUGCCUUUUGGCAAAUGAGAGCUUCCUGUGCUCCACAGGGUAAACAAUAAAAUCUCUUCCAUCAAGAGUCCUCUUCCACCAGUUCAGAUGACUGCCUCAGUAAGAGGAAAGUCCAGAUACAUUCCAGUUAUGCUGUAUUAGUGACAGAUCUACCUCUCCUACCUUGCCCCACUAAUACUCUAAGGAGACAGCAGCCACCUUUUUUUGGGGGAAAUCAUGCAGCUGGGUAAUAGAAAGGAAAAGUUUUGCCUACUUUUACACAGGGUAAGCUGGAGCUCUCUAGCAGAAGACCUCUAAGAAUCCAUGAAUAGGAAUUGUGUGACUGUCUCAAGGAAAUUGAGGAGGGUAGCACAGAGUCACACCUUGAAGCUAAAGGAAGAUCUAAGCAAGCAAAAGGCUUUCAGUGCCUUCUGAGAUCUCUUCAGUCAUUGGCAGGUGCCUUGUGCAAAUAGCAUAACAUAUUGUCUUUAAAUCUCUUUUCUAAAUGUCUUCAUUCUCUCUAUUUGGAGAUGAGCUUGGCCUCAGGUGUUUUGUAAUAAAAACUGAGCCAUGAAUCUUCAGAGAUUUUUGUGUACUCAGUCUAAGGGAAAAGUAAGUGCAGUAUGGCUCAGAGGCAUGGCUAACUCAGUCUUCCAAUCCUUGCAUCCCUUGCCUUCUUCCUAAUAAUUGCAAUGAAGAUAAACUACUGCAGCACAGGUACCAUGCCAGUUAUUAUCUUCCAUCUCUAGCUCAUGUAAUCUAUCUGGGACAGGAACUCCAGGUAGUAUAUUGUUCAUCAUAUCCUAUGGGUUUGAUUUUUAACAAAAGCAAAGCCACAUCUGAGUGUAGCAGUCAAACCUCACCUGAACAUUCACCUACAAAAGGCUCAUCAAAGCUCCAAGGGUAGGAGCCUGCCUCACUGAACCAUGUUCAGAAGAGUCUGAAACACAUCUUAAGCUUGGUUUUGUAGUAUUUUGAUAGUCUUUCUGCAACCUGACUGCAUGCAGAGAUGAGAUGUGUUAAAGAGUCACAGGUGGGUCUGUAACCAAAGUCACAGUUCACUUGAUGCAAAGCACUUUAACAAAGUCAAAUAACAGCUUACCUGAACAAGUCUUCCUGUCACUGUCCAUGCUGGUUCUUAAUUAACUCUCCAUCUGGAGGCUUAAAUCUGAGGAACUGAAUGUUCAGCUGCAGUUUCUGCCCCUUUCUUUAGUUACCCACAUACAGCCAGAAAACAAGACUUGGUCUGGCAUUAGUGGAGGUGCAAACCCUCAUGAAGACUAAACAAAGCAUCUGCCCUCUUUAAAGCCUUGUGUCAAAGUGUUAAAGUAUGCUUAAGUUUUAAUAAAUGCAAUUUAAGAAGCUUCCCUUUA